AUGUUCCUCACUCUGAGGACAAGGUUCCUCACUCUGACUACAAGGUUCCUCACACUGAGGACAAGGUUCCUCACUCUGAGGACAAAGGUUCCUCACACUGAGGACAAAGUUGCUCUCCCUGAGAACAAGGUUUCUCACUCGGAGGACAAGGUUCAUCACUCUGAAGACAAGGUUCCUCACGCUGACGACAAGGUUCCUCACUCUGAGAACAAGGUUACUCGCUCUGAGGACAAGGUUCCUCAUUCUGAGGAGAAGGUUCCUCAUUCAGGGGACAAGGUUCCUCACUCUGAGGCAAGUUUCAUCACUCUGAGGACAAGGUUCCUUACACUGAGGACAAGGUUCCUCACUCUCAGAACAAGGUUCCUCACUCUGAGGACAAGGUUACUCAUUCUGAGGGCAAGGUUCCUCAGUCUGAGGACAAGGUUCCACACUCUGAGGACAAGGUCCUCACUCUGAAGUCAGGUUCCUCACACUGAGGACAAGGUUCCUCACUCUGAGGACAAAGGUUCCUCACCCUGAGGACAAAGUUGCUCUCCCUGAAAACAAGGUUUCUCACUCGGAGGACAAGGUUCAUCACUCUGAAGACAAGGUUCCUCACGCUGACGACAAGGUUCCUCACUCUGAGAACAAGGUUACUCGCUCUGAGGACAAGGUUCCUCAUUCUGAGGAGAAGGUUCCUCAUUCAGGGGACAAGGUUCCUCACUCUGAGGCAAGUUUCAUCACUCUGAGGACAAGGUUCCUUACACUGAGGACAAGGUUCCUCACUCUCAGAACAAGGUUCCUCACUCUGAGGACAAGGUUACUCAUUCUGAGGGCAAGGUUCCUCAGUCUGAGGACAAGGUUCCACACUCUGAGGACAAGGUCCUCACUCUGAAGUCAGGUUCCUCACACUGAGGACAAGGUUCCUCACUCUGAGGACAAAGGUUCCUCACCCUGAGGACAAAGUUGCUCUCCCUGAAAACAAGGUUUCUCACUCGGAGGACAAGGUUCAUCACUCUGAAGACAAGGUUCCUCACGCUGACGACAAGGUUCCUCACUCUGAGAACAAGGUUACUCGCUCUGAGGACAAGGUUCCUCAUUCUGAGGAGAAGGUUCCUCAUUCAGGGGACAAGGUUCCUCACUCUGAGGCAAGUUUCAUCACUCUGAGGACAAGGUUCCUUACACUGAGGACAAGGUUCCUCACUCUCAGAACAAGGUUCCUCACUCUGAGGACAAGGUUACUCAUUCUGAAGACAAGGUUCCACACUCUGAGGACAAGGUCCUCACUCUGAAGUCAGGUACCUCACAUUGAGGACAAGGUUGCUCACUCUGAAGUCAGGUUCCUCACACUGAGGACAAGGUUCCUCACUCUGAGUACAAGUUUCCUCACUCUGAAGUCGUGUUCCUUACUGUAAAAACAAUGUUCCUCACUCGAAGGGCAAGGUUCCUCACUCUGAGCACAAUUUGCCUCUCUCUGAGGACAAGGUUCCCCACUCUGAGGACAAGGUUCCUCACUCUGAAGUCAGGUUCCUCACACUGAGGACAAGGUUCCUCACUCUGAGUACAAGGUUCCUCACUCAGAAGGCAGGUUCCUCACUGUAAAAGCAAUGUUCCUUACUCUGACUACAAGGUUCCUCACACUGAGGACAAGGUUCCUCACUCUGAGGACAAAGGUUCCUCACACUGAGGACAAAGUUGCUCUCUCUGAGAACAAGGUUUCUCACUCUGAGGACAGGGUUCGUCACUCUGAAGACAAGGUUCCUCACACUGACAACAAUGUUCCUCACUCUGAGAACAAGGUUCCUCACUCUGAGGCAAGAUUCAUCACUCUGAGGACAAGGUUCCUUACACUGUGGACAAGGUUCCUCACUUUUAGAACAAGGCUCCUCACUCUGAGGACAAGGUUCCUCACUCUGAGGGCAAGGUUGCCCAUUCUGACGACAAUGUUCCUGACUCUGAGGACAAGGUUCCUCACUCUGAGGGCAAGUUUCGUCCCUCUGAUGACGAGGUUUCUCUCUCUGAGGACAAGGUUCCUCACACUGAGAACAAGGUUUCGCACUCUGAGAACAAGGUUACUCAUUGUGAGGACAAGGUUCCUCAUUCUGAGGAAAGGUUCCUCACACUGAGGACAAGGUUCCUCACUCUGAGGACAAGGUUCCUCACUCCGAAGUCAGGUUCCUGACACUGAGGACAAGGUUCCUCACUCUGAGUACAAGGUUCCUCACUCAGAAGGCAGGUUCCUCACUGUAAAAGCAAUGUUUCUCACUCUGACUACAAGGUUCCUCACACUGACGACAAGGUUUCUCACUCUGAGAACAAGGUUACUCGCUCUGAGGACAAGGUUCCUCAUUCUGAGGAGAAGGUUCCUCAUUCUGGGGACAAGGUUCCUCGCUCCGAAGGCAAGUUUCAUCACUCUGAGGACAAGGUUCCUUACACUGAGGACAAGGUUCCUCACUCUCAGAACAAGGUUCCUCACUCUGAGGACAAGGUUACUCAUUCUGAGGGCAAGGUUCCUCAGUCUGAGGACAAGGUUCCACACUCUGAGGACAAAGUCCUCACUCUGAAGUCAGGUACCUCACAUUGA